GUGCUGGCCGCGCGUGCAGACAUCAGCCGGGGGAAGUCUACCGUACCGCGCCGGCCCUUUUUCUCUCCGCGCGGGGGUCUUCAACUCUCCCUGACGGACUGCUUUAACUUAAAGGAUCGGUUUUGAGGAGGUUUAUAGCUUCACAUGGCUUCCAAGAUGCAGGAUGUGGUGUAGUAACGGUGCUAGUUCAACAGCAAGGCCCGGGGUUGGACCGUUCGUCUGUUUGGGUUUCCUCGGGUGCGGUGGUGAGACAGCCCGGAAGAAAUGUCUGUUAUCUUCCGCUCCUGGUUUCCCCUGCUCGUCUGUUGUUGCUGCUGCCUCGACAGCGCACGCGUUUUGGUGAGUGCUGACGUAAACAGUGACAAUGGAACAGGCAAUACCGCAGGUGGGACCAAAACUACGACGGUGAAAGGGCUGGAGUUCAAGCACCACCGCUAUGCGGCGCUACAGAAGGCCUUACGUGAUACAGCCGCCAUGUGUCCUAACAUCACCAGACUGUACGAUAUCGGCUACAGCGUGCGGGGCCGCGCUCUGACUGUCAUAGAGUUCUCCAACAACCCUGGGGUGCACGAGCCAGGUGAACCAGAGUUUCGGUAUGUCGCCAACAUCCAUGGGAACGAGCCUCGGGGACGAGAGCUGAUGAUUCACUUCACGCGGUACAUGUGCGAGCGCUACCUAGCGGGAGACAAACGCAUAACAAAGCUGAUAGACAACACGCGAAUUCACAUCCUCUCUGCACUCAACCCGGAUGGAUACGAAGUCGCAGCCGUCAUUGGUCCCGGCAGUCCAGAGCACGAGAACUCCGUAUGGAGCGGCCGGCUGAACGCGAUGGGUAUAGACCUGAACAGAAACUUUCCCGACCUCAAUGCGCAGGCGUACUACAACGAGAAGCAUGGCGGUGACAACCACAACUUCCCCAUCCCCGCACACUUCUGGUACUUCAACCAGGUGGCGCCUGAGACUAAGGCCAUGAUCAAGUGGAGCCAAGACCUUCCUAUCGUUCUUUCCGGUCACUUCCAUGACGGUGAACUGUUAGUGAACUAUCCCUACCAGGUCACCCGCCAGGGGUAUGACCUGUGGGGCUUCUUGUCGUCCGAGAGUCGGACACCUGACGACGGGAUGUUCCGUUACCUGGCGCAGACGUACGCCGUGGCGCACCGCACCAUGACCAGCCCCUACACCCGGCCCUGCCGGUACAAGGACUUCGCCAGCCAGGGCGGCAUCGCUAACGGCGCGAGCUGGUUCAGUGUGGCCGGAGGUUUGUCCGACUUCCUGUACCUGCACACUAACAGUCUGGACCUCGCCAUGGAACUCGGCUGCUCCAAGUUCCCUGCGGAGAAGGACCUGGAAAAGGAAUGGCACAACAACAAAGAAUCCUUGAUCAAAUUUAUGGAGCAGAUCCAUAUCGGUAUCAAAGGCUUCGUGCGUGACGAGAACUGCAAACCGAUAGAGGGCGCUGUUAUCCAUGUGGAAGGGAUCGACCAUGACGUUACCACAGCCCGAGACGGAGACUACUGGAAGCUGGUUCUUCCCGGGUACUACACCGUCACGGCCUCGGCGGGAAGCUUCACCACCACCCGCGAGUGUUUUCUGCACUACCGGCACGAGGUCGUCAGGUGCGACUUCAUCCUCGGUACCAACACUUCCGUCCGCUGUCCCGAUCAUACCAAAGAAAAGGACGGCCAUACCCACACUGGUGAGGAAACAAAAACGUCUGCUUCGACCGUCUCGCCAGCUCCAUCCACUAGCGUUGCCAGGACAACGGUUGCCAUAGCAACAACAACGGUAGUGACGGCUAGCUAUGACGUAGGCACGCCAUCACUGGAUGAUAAAGGGAAGAGCGAUAAAAAAGAGUACACCACGCCCCCAGCCACGCCCACGGACGCACCAAUCAGACGCCUCCUCAGGGGGUUCGUGUAUGACGUCAACUGUCGGCCCGUGGAGGGAGCCAUUGUCCACGUGGUCGGGAUCACACUCAGCGUUUUUACAGCCACAGACGGUUACUUCUGGCGGCUCCUGAUUCCCGGCCGCUACACCGUCCUGGCGAUGGGCCGGGAGUACUCCACCGCUCGGGAGUGUGCCGUGGACGGUAACGUACCCCGCUGUGACUUCGUGCUCAGCCCGGACCCCGCCGUCCGCUGCUCACGUUGGACACACACCGACACGUCAACGCCAGACGUUGACGUAAGGACGACGCCAACAACGUCCGUCAUGACGUCCUCUUCAGCUUUCUCUACGACAGAAAGUGCUGCAAAAUUUCACUACUCUGUUACAUCACCAAACAAAGCAUAUUCAGUCUCAACGCUGGAUGCUAGCCCUAUUGUACGAACACACACGCCGGAGGCAUCUUUAGGUGGUACCAAAUCUCAUCAUAUCUCUUCAGUUACAACAACGGUGACAUCUGGAUCCUCUCCAACGCCUGGCGUUGCUACUCUACCAACAACAACACCAUGGACAACCAUCCCGAGAAAAUACCAUGCAAAAAAUACCACUGAUGACAAAGGUAACCCUUCCGAAACUGUUCACCAUACAGGUAGGAUCUUUGACAGUACCACGAAAGUUCCUAGCAAUUCUACCAUUAGUGGUGCUUCAUUCGAUGCCACAGUGACUGUCUUCGACCAGUUAGGUAGUCCUGAAACAGUAGUGGACUACAUUUCAACACGUGCUGACAACAACGCAACGUUACGACCGGAAUACGACAAAGAAACGACCAAAGCCCGAUUGACUACAACUGAUACGACCACAGUCGCCGACCAGUCAGGCUAUCCCGACACAGUAGUACAAACCAGCACUGUAGCUCCGAACAGUCUACUGAACCUAGUUACUGAUGCAGUAGACAGUAGAGUGCUAGACUACAGUUCAACGCGUGUCGACAACAACGUAACAACUCUACGACCAGAAUACGACGAAGAGACGACCAAAGCCCGAUGGACAUCAACAGAUACGCCGUCGCCAACGCUCAAACCAGUAAAUACGUUCACUCCUGCAAGUAGAAUGACGAAAAGUACAGUUCCCCAUGAUUCCAGUAGUGCUAUCGACAAUGUUUCACCAACCGAUGGUUUGAAAACUGCGUCAACAACCACCACCCAAUCAAACAUGUUCAGAGUAACGGGAAAUUCGUCUGCAUAUUCUACAAAAGCGUCUGAAUAUACCAUUCCUCAAUCUUUCACUAAAACAUUUAUCAAUCCAACUUCUGUUGGACAAUCAGAGGUAGAAACUUACACCUCUCCUGGACCACAAACGACUCUCAAAUACCAGCACGUGACGACCUCGCCGACGACAAUUCAACCGAUCACAAGAGACACUAUUGACAGAAAGAAUAACGGCAUGAAUGUGAUUGUAAUCUCCCCAGCAAACAACAACGGUGCCAUUGUCAAGGAGAGUCCGACGAAGGCCGGGAAGGACAAAAAGUCGGACCGUAAGGACAGGCGACGAAGAAAGAAGCUGAAGUUGCUACGGGGCCUUGUGUUCAACUCUGACUGUUCUCCGGUAGAGGGCGCUCUUAUCUUCAUCAAGGGCGUACUUAACGUCGUCAGCACAGCUUCUGACGGGUACUUCUGGACGACCAUUCCACGCGGCUCCUACAGUGUCCAAGCUCGGGGCCUCGGUUUCUCCUCCUCACGGCAAUGUCACACACAGGACCGCCUCCGUCAGACUCCCCGCUGUAACUUCGUCCUGAGCCCGGACCCACGUACACGCUGUCCGGCAGCCAUACGCCAGUGGGCGCUUCGACCCUCCAACCUCUUCAUAGGAAGCGCCAUCGUCCGGAGUGAAGAUACGUACGACGCUCGGGAACAACCACGUGGACUACCCGCUGUUCCUGAACCCAAGACUCAAAUAACUUCAGCAAAGCCCACAUUAACAUUCACACCCCCUACUACAGAAACUGUUUGGAAGCCUACCGAUCUACCGAACAUCCUCAGCGGAGAGCUGUUGUUGUUUUCCCCGGAUAACAACCCCCCGACAGCAACACCAGUGUCAAGUCCCAAGACUGCAGAAGUUGAGCCACACGGUGAUGUUAAAAAAGACACUCAAAUACCUGCAUACAAGGUUGAACACAGCAGAGAGGGCAAAACUACUGUGGACACCUCACUGGAACAAACAACUAGUAGUAUUACAGCAUCUACCAGAAAUGCCACUACAAGUAUGAUUGCUUCAGAGCCGAGUACGCCCGUAAAGAGCCCAUUUAUUCCCAUUUACUCUCCGGUAGCAACGCAGAUAAUGAGAAGGAUAGAACCAGUCGACUCAAACACUUUGUCUAAGGUAGAAGAUACUCUAACCACAACUUCUAGUCCCACAAUAGUGAAGGCAGAGCAACAACCAGUUCCUCUGGUAGAAGAUGAUUCUCCAACGUCAGCAAAGAUGUCCACAACGACUGUAAGUCCUGCUGCGUUCACCCAGAAGCCACCACCCAUGGUAAACCAGAUUCCAACUGUUUCAAACGAACUUCUUACUUUCACCAAACCGACAAUAAGAAGCGAUAGAUUACACUCUUUAACUGCUAGCCCGAUGGUGCAUUCAGUAAGUACGAUGCUCACAAGUGCUGCACCCGUCUCGAAGAGUGCAAUGGCAGAAACAUCAACGACGACAAUGGCUACAGUUGCCACGAAGCCUUGGAAGAACGAAAUGGACUUCUGGCAAUGGUGGCGCAAUAAGUCCUUACAGAAGAGUGACCUCUCGAGUAAAAGGCAACGCGGCGGCAAGAGACGUAAAACGGAAGUGACGUCAGUGGCACAGGCGGAGGAAGGUCAACGGCAUCAAGUCAGACGGAAGAGGCCACCGCCUAUCAUCUGGUCUAAGAAGAGGAUAGAAUACGACAAAUCUAGGAACUCGGAGAAGAAAAACAUCGAGCAGAGUGUACCCGAAAGUACUGAGGAUGCUGAUCCUCGCAGAUCAACCGCCUCACCAGCUAGUAGGGGAGGAGCCAAGCUUGAUGACCACGCAACGGCGGCCCCUGUCGGAAGAAAACCGAAGCCGGCAAAGUCAGCGAAGUGCGUCCCACAUUGGUUCAGAGAGGGAGACGCGUACGUCCGUCGUAACUGUGACACCGGUAGGUUGGAGCGAAUCUACCGAGGGAGAGAUGCGUCACAAGGAAACCCUACCGACGUUGGCACCGAUACCAUAGCAAUGGGACAACGUGACCAAGUUUCCCCUGGCAACCGUCGCCAUGGUGAUGCGACUACUCACAGAGAGAAGGAAGCCUGGGUCGAGACUGAUUCCUGGUCACCGGAAGGUCUUUCUGUCGUACCUACGUCACUUCCGGAUCCACAACAAGAACAGCCACCGAAUGUUAGAAUCUCUUUUAAACCUGAUGAAGGAAACGUAGUAGAAACAUCUACAGAACUAAUGACAUCUACAUCCAACCCAUUGCCAACUAAAAUAGGUGCUAUUGGUAAAGAUACAUUUGACGAUGGCGAAAGCAAUCUAGAAACACCUCUGGCCUCUUCUCAGGAAAGCGAAACUCGGUCAAAGCCAUGGGGAGGCGAGAGGGGUUUCUGGCAAUGGUGGUUUAAACUCAGAACCACCAUGACGCCUGAGGACGAGCCUACGAGGCCUGAGGACGAGGCCACCGACGCCAAAACUACCUCCGAGGAGAGGAGAUACAGAUAACGAUAUCGGUGCUGCAACAUAUCACAACAUUUACAAUGGUGCUAUUUGUUUUGUAGUUAACUUUUUUAAAACCCAAAACGAGUUUCAUAUCUAUAUAAGAUACAGUGGGAAUCACAUAGAAAAUUCCGUUUCAUGUUGUAGAACUGAAAUGUUGAACCCGUUACCAAUAUGGGUCGAAAUA